CACUCUUCUCACAACUCCAAAUCAGCCAAAUAAACGUACAACCAACACCUACCUAACAACUGCCCGCAGCAACAACUUACGCACAAACCCAUGGCAAAGGCGCAGGUAAUGGGUUCGCUGCUGACCAUCGUGGUAGUCCUCGCUGCAUCGGCCGAGGUGGCGCACGGUAUCUGCAACCUGUCCAGCAAUGGCAUCCGGGCGUGCCAGCCCGCGGCAGCGAUCCGCAACCCGACGAACGCGCCGUCGGCCGAGUGCUGCACCGCGCUGGCGGGUACCGACCUGCAGUGCCUGUGCCGUUACAAGGGCGCCGCCGCCGUGUGGGCGAGGAUCUACGGGAUCGACAUCAACCGCGCCAUGGGGUUGCCGGGCAAGUGCGGCCUUGCGUUGCCGGCCAACUGCUGAUCACCAGUGCCGCUGCUUGCAUCGGUGUAUGCACAUCGAGACAUGCAUAUACUAGUAUUAUAUGGCAACGAGAUCAAAUAAACGAAGCACGUAAAACGGUGAAAGACUGGUGUGUCAUUUGAGCUGUGAGUGAGCUGAUUAAUCAGUGCAGAAGUGUAAGAGUUCUAUUGCGUAUUAUGUAAUACUGUCCACUACAAAGCUGGGCUUAAUUAAUAUGAAUAGACAAUCUUGGAUGCA